GCCGGUCGGUGCCGUAUGGGAGGAGCCAGCGGGCACCGCCGCCCCUGCGCCCCCCCCGCCGCAUUUGGCGGCCGCCGCCGCGGAGCAGGGCGCGGGGGGGGAUGAUGGAUCCGCGGCUGCGGCUGCUGACGCCCCGCGCCCGCCUGCCCGCCGUCAAUGGAGGAGGACGCUGAGACCCGUAAGAUCAGCAGCAGUUUCCUGCGGGAUCACAGCUAUGCCACAGAAGCUGACAUCAUCUCCACAGUUGAGUUCAACCACACUGGAGAGUUGCUGGCAACAGGGGACAAGGGGGGCCGGGUUGUAAUAUUCCAGCGUGAGCAGGAGAGCAAGAACCAGCCCCACCGCAGGGGAGAGUACAAUGUCUACAGCACCUUCCAGAGCCACGAGCCGGAGUUCGAUUACCUGAAGAGCCUGGAGAUCGAGGAGAAGAUCAACAAGAUCCGAUGGCUGCCGCAGCAGAACGCGGCGUAUUUCCUGCUCUCCACCAACGAUAAGACCGUCAAGCUCUGGAAGGUCAGCGAGAGGGACAAGAGGCCGGAGGGGUACAACCUCAAGGAUGAGGAGGGGCGUCUGCGAGACCCCUCCAUGAUCACCGUGCUGCGGGUGCCCGUGCUGCGGCCCAUGGACCUGAUGGUGGAGGCCACUCCCCGCAGGGUGUUCGCCAACGCCCACACCUACCACAUCAACUCCAUCUCUGUCAACAGCGACUACGAGACCUACAUGUCCGCCGACGACCUGCGGAUAAACCUGUGGAACUUUGAAAUCACCAACCAGAGCUUUAACAUCGUGGACAUCAAACCCGCCAACAUGGAGGAGCUGACCGAGGUGAUCACGGCAGCCGAGUUCCACCCGCACCACUGCAACACCUUCGUGUACAGCAGCAGCAAGGGCACCAUCCGCCUGUGCGACAUGCGCACGGCCGCGCUCUGCGACCGCCACGCCAAGUUUUUUGAAGAGCCUGAAGACCCAAGUAACCGGUCAUUUUUUUCUGAGAUCAUCUCCUCAAUCUCUGAUGUCAAAUUCAGCCACAGUGGAAGGUACAUCAUGACCCGGGACUACCUCACUGUCAAGGUGUGGGACCUGAACAUGGAGAACCGGCCCAUUGAGACCUACCAGGUCCAUGACUACCUGCGGAGCAAGCUCUGCUCUCUCUACGAGAACGACUGCAUCUUUGACAAGUUCGAGUGUGUCUGGAACGGCUCUGACAGUGUCAUCAUGACCGGCUCCUACAACAACUUCUUCCGCAUGUUCGACCGCAACACGAAGCGCGACGUGACGCUGGAGGCGUCGCGGGAGAGCAGCAAGCCCCGCGCCGUGCUCAAACCCCGCAAGGUCUGCGUGGGCGGCAAGCGCCGCAAGGACGAGAUCAGCGUGGACAGCCUGGACUUUAGCAAAAAGAUCCUGCACACAGCUUGGCACCCCUCCGAGAACAUCAUUGCUGUGGCAGCUACAAACAACCUGUACAUAUUCCAGGACAAGGUUAACUAGGAGGGCAGCUCUUCCUUUUCGUGUACUGACACCAGUGAACACAAGGUUUCAACUGUUCCUUUCCUUUCUUCCUUUCUUCCUUCAGCCGCUCUUCCUUCUUCCUUUCUUCCUUCAUUUCCUUUCUUUCCUUUCUUUUCUCUUUUCUUUCUUUCUUUUCCUUUCCUUCCUGUUGUUUGUUCAGUUCCUGCUCUGCAGAUCACAGUUGUGCAGAGGAGCACUGGGCACCCCAGCCCAGGGGCCACUGGGGGCACCCCCCCAGACACCAGAUUUAAACAGGGAGAGCUGAGGCUUCUUGCAGGGCAGUGUGAAGACGCCAGGCCCGGCUGUCCCAUGUCCCCAGGCAGUGCUGGGGUGGCAGUGGCCCUCUGCCCAGGCUGAGGUGAUGUGGAGGGGGCUGCCAACAGGGGAAGGGGUUGAUGGGGUAACACACCGCGGGCUCUGGCCAGCUCUGGUGGCAGUGGUCCCACCCCAAUUGCUUUCCACCUGAUCCCAGAAAUGUUCCACCUGUUGUGUUGAAGACUGGAAUGUUGCCUCCCUUUGCCAUUUUCCACAUUUGUCUUUUUAUUACAACAGUUUUGUUUUACCAACAGAGACAGCAAAACCAAACGCAAAAUGGAAAAGUUCAGUUUUGCAAUGGACAAGCGUGGGGGGGGGGGUAUGUGCUGCACCUCCAGAUGUGUCUGCUCCAGCCAGGCUGCCCCCCAGCCCCCAGAACCCUCCUGAGGAUUGGGCUUUGUAGAUACUGUGGUGCCUUCUUUGGUAUAUGAAAUACCUUUAUAAACAAUGCUUCCGACCUGCAUUGAUCGCAAACCAAACCAACCCUGGGCUCUGCUGCAGUUCUGGGCUUUGCUUUGGUCAUUUUUCUCAUUCUGUUGUGAGCUCUUGCAUGUCGUGACUGACUGUCUCUCUCUUUCUCUCUCUUUCUCUCUUUUUUAAUUAAUUUAUUUAUUUAUUCAAUUUUUUUAAAGAUAAAGUAUAAGUUGCUAAUUUAUGACCUAAAAAGGAAUCCAACUGUAUAUUGCUGUUAGCCCCUGACUGUGUCAGAGAGAGGCUGUCUGCAGUCCUACAUUAUAAUAACAAUGAUAAAAAUAAUAAAACCAGUAACUCUUUCUCUUUGCAUGGCGAGGCUGCCUCUUUCUACUCCACAGAUUGCUCAGGUCCCUCUUCACUUGAGCACUUGCUCAAUAAAACAAGAUUGACUGGAUUUUCUGUAAAUCUGAAAACUGCUCCUGCAGCAAGAAGCAAACGAAGCCAAUUACAAAAUUCAGCACCGUCACUUGGGCAGUGGCUCCACGAGGUGACCCUGCUGCCACCCCCCGAGGGAUGUGGGCACCCCCAGCAGCCACAGCUCCAGGGACCCUGGGACAGUCCCUCGACCAUGGAUCCCGAGCAGAGACAGAAACUGCUGCACUCCCACCCAGCUCAUGGACUGCACGGGAGCUGGGGAGGCUGGGGAGCCCCACUGCACCUCCAGAGGAGCCAUUCCAAGGGAAGAGCAAAGAGCACUGGCAAACGGAUUUAUUCCAAGGGACGGCUUUCAGGAGUAACUUUUUUUAAAAAAUGAAAUGGUAAAAUAAAAUAGCAAGAGUAAACAAACCAUUUUAU